GAUGGCGUGCUGGGCUGCCACCCCCGCACCUGCAGACAGUGCCAGGUUUUGGGGGGAGGGGCUUACAGCACCUUCGAUGGGCACUUGGGGAAUUUUGGGGGGUCCUGCACACUCCUGCUGCUGCAGUUGGAGAAGGGUGAGCCUGAAGAAGAGCUGGAGCCUAUCACAGUGGCCUUGGAGCAGGAGGACAUGCACGUGCAGCGGGUGACGGUGACGGCACACGGGGUGACCGUGGUGAUGGACAGGGGACAGCAGUGGGAGGUGGCGGUGGAUGGCGAGCGCCACUUGCUGCCGCUGUGGCUGCGUGGGGGCGCGGUGGGGGUGGCGCAGGUGGGAUCCCACCGGCUGCUCCAGGUCCAGGGGGGCCCCAAAAUCCUCUAUGACGGCAAUGCGUAUGUGGUGCUGACGCUGCCACCCCCAUCCCGUCGCCCUCGGGGCCUCUGCGGCAACUUCAACGGGGACCCCAACGACGACGACCCCGCCAGGGAGGCUCUGGACAGCCCCCCCCAAAACUGCACCCGCCUGGCGCCCAGCCCAAGCUGCUCCCCGGCCCAGGCGCGGCGCUGCGCAGUGCUGGCAGACCCCGAGGGACCCUUCGCGGGGUGUCACGGCGCGGUGCCGCCCCACGCGUACCUGGGGACCUGCGAGCACCAGGUGUGUGGAGGAGGGGGCGACCCCUGCCCCGGCUUUCAGGGCUACGCAGCCGCGUGCCAGGCAGCCGGAGGCGCGCUCCGGGAGUGGCGGGAGGCCACGGGUUGCCCUCUCACCUGCCCCCCCAAGAGCCGCUACCAGCUGUGUGCCCGCACCUGUGAGCACACCUGUGCAGGUGUGUCGGCGCCGCCCCCGUGCAGCGAGCGCUGCUUUGAGGGGUGUCAGUGCGCCGAGGGGCUGCUGUUCGACGGGGCCCGCUGCGUCCUCCCCGGGACCUGCGGCUGCCUGCACCAGGGGCGCUACUUCCAGAUUGCUGAGACCAUCCUGACCCCUGACUGCUCCCAGUCCUGCACCUGCCGGGGGCCCGGGGGCCUCCAGUGCCGCCCCUUCACUUGUCCCUUCAGCCACACCUGCGGCCUCCGUGAUGGCACCCGCACCUGCAUUGCACACCCGGGGCGCUGUGCCCUGUCCCCUGCCACCCGCUUUGUCACCUUUGACGGUGUCACUGGGGCCACCCUGGCCACUGGCAUCUACAUAGUGGCCAGCGUGUGCAACCCCCGGGACCCUGCAUGGUUCCGGCUGCUUGGGGACAUCAGGGACAUUGGGGACCAGCCAGCAGUGGUGGCACUUCACCUCUUCACCCCCCAUGGCCUCAUCACUGUGCGGAGGAACAGGAAAGUCUGGCUCAACGGGGUCCCCACGCCUCUGCCCUUGGAGCUCCCGGGGCCGUUGGCCAUCACAGAGACGCUCACGACCCUCCGGAUCAGCCGGAUCCCGGGAUUUCUGGUGGAACUGGGUGCCACGGGGGUGACAGUGGAGGUGCCCAGGGAAGCACGGGCAACGCUCUGCGGCCUCUGCGGGGACUUUGACGGUGCCACCAGCAAUGACCUGCGAGGGCCCGACGGGACGGUGACGAGCGACACGCGGGCACUGGCCGAGGCCUGGCGGGCACCUGACUUCACCCAGUGAUGUGGAAAAUUGGCAUUUCACCUGAGUGGCCGCGCCCCAUCGCGGACGUCACCCUCAAACCGCCUCAGAUCCGGAAAACCCGGAUUUUUAUAAGCCCCCAAACGGUGCUUUCGCCCCAAAAUAAAACCUGUGAGGAAA